UCAGUACACACCCAUAGCAACACAAACAUCAGCAUCCUGUCAGAGCAGAAACGAUGAAGCAGUCGAGAAAUUAGACACACGUCAAAACAUCUGACAGAAAUCAACCGUACAUGUUUAUUUGCCUUGAUUUAUGAGCAACAAUGCAAUCGGACGACGCCAGAUAUUUAAAACGGAAAUAUAAGGGUGGCAGUUUAGAUGUCCACCCCACAGAAAAAGCCCUUGUUGUCCAGUAUGAAGUGGAAGCUACGAUCCUGGGGGAGAUGGGAGACCCAAUGCUAGGAGAGCGCAAGGAGUGCCAGAAGAUAAUCCGUCUGAAAAGCCUGAAUUCCAACACGGACAUUGCGUCUUUGGCACGGAAGGUAGUGGAGGAGUGUAGACUCAUUUCCCCUUCCAGACUUCCUGAGGUGGAACAGUUAUUGUUCUACCUGCAGAACCGCAAGAAAUCUGCUGAAAAGAAAGAGAAGAAACAGAUCAAGCCAAGAGACCUGACUCCUUUUGAAGGCAUGGAGCUUGAUGAGGAGGCCAAUAUUAAUAGCAUAGAUGACUAUAUUGAGCUCUUGUAUGAGGACAUCCCUGAGAAGAUCAGAGGAGCUACGCUCAUCCUCCAUUUGGCCCGUAACCCUGACAACCUAGAGGAGUUGCUGCAGAACGAAACAGCUCUGGGCGCGCUGGCCCGGGUCCUGAGGGAAGACUGGAAGCAGAGUGUCGAUUUGGCAACCACCAUCAUCUACGUCUUCUUCUGCUUCUCCAGUUUCUCCCAGUUCCAUGGCCUGAUCACUCACUACAAGAUCGGAGUGCUGUGCAUGAGCAUAAUUGAGCAUGAGCUGAAGCGCUAUGACCUAUGGCAGGACGAACUGCUGAAGAAAAAGAAGGCCGGGGACGAUGACCCAGACAAUCAGAACCUGAAGAAGGAGUAUGAGAAAGCCCUGAAGAAGUACCAUGGACUGCUGACCAAACAGGAACAGCUUUUGAGAGUUGCUCUGUACCUGCUGCUGAAUCUGUCUGAGGACACCCGCACAGAGCUGAAGAUGAGGAACAAGAACAUUGUCCACCUUCUGGUGAAAACGCUGGACAGAGACAGUGAGGAGCUCCUGGUGCUGGUGGUGUCCUUCCUCAAAAAACUCAGUAUCUUCUUAGAAAAUAAGAAUGACAUGGCAGAGAUAACCUUGCCUAAAGGGUCCGUGGCUGGCUCCGACUUAUCCCCGCCCCCUCUUCCCUCUCUCGGGGUCUGGGGUCAGAAUUACUCAGGAGACGAAGCACAGAGACAGAUCGCCAUGUGCAUUCUGUACCACAUCAGCAUGGACGACCGUUUCAAGUCUAUGUUUGCCUACACGGACUGCAUUCCACAGGUAAUGAAGAUGUUGUUUGAUUGUGGUGAGGAGAGGAUUGACGCUGAGCUCAUUUCCUUCUGCAUCAACCUGGCUGCCAACAAGAGGAAUGCCCAGAUCAUGUGUGAAGGCAAUGGCCUGAAGAUGCUAAUGAAGAGAGCACUGAAGCUAAAAGAUCCUCUGAUGAUGAAGAUGAUCCGAAAUAUAUCUCAGCAUGAUGGACCUUCUAAAAAUCUUUUCAUUGACUAUGUUGGAGACCUAGCGGCUCAGAUCGGACUAAAGGAAGAGGAAGAGUUUGUCAUUGAGUGCUUGGGAACUCUUUCCAAUCUUACCAUUCCUGAUCUUGACUGGGAACUUGUGCUGAAGGAGUACAACCUGGUGCCUUAUCUCAAAGACCACCUCAAACCAGGCUCUGCAGAGGAUGACCUCAUUCUGGAGGUGGUGAUCAUGAUUGGCACUGUCUCCAUGGAUGAUUCCUGUGCCGUAAUGUUGGCCAAAUCGGGCAUCAUUCCUGCUCUAAUAGAGCUGCUGAACGCCCAGCAAGAAGAUGAUGAGUUUGUCUGUCAGAUUGUGUACGUCUUUUACCAAAUGGUGUUUCACCAGGCCACCCGAGAUGUCAUCAUAAAAGAAACGCAGGCUCCAGCAUAUCUCAUUGACCUGAUGCACGACAAAAAUGCAGAAAUACGCAAAGUGUGUGACAAUACAUUGGACAUCAUUGCUGAAUAUGAUGUGGAAUGGGGUAAGAAGAUCCAGAGUGAGAAGUUUCGCUGGCAUAACUCUCAGUGGCUGGAGAUGGUGGAGAACCGACAGAUGGAUGAGGCAGAGCCUUUCAUGUAUGGAGACGAUGGAGAACCUUUUCUCCAAAAUGGUGACAUCCUGGAACGGCCAGACCUCUUCUACAGCUCAGAUGGAAUAAUCCCAGUAGAUGGUGCCAUUAGUCCAGAGUUCUUCACAGACUUCCAAAAUGGAGACCUGUUAGGACCACAUGGUUUCCCCAGCAGUUCUUUGACUGACGGGUACGGACAGACAGGUGUGACUCCAGCGCGUCCUGCCACGGCUUACGGCUUUCGGCCUGAUGAGCCAUUUUAUUACGGUUACACAACAUCACGGUAGGAGAGUGUCAGGAAAGUCCUAAAAGCUAUGAAAACCAAUUAAAUGGAUCUCAGAAGAUGCUAGUUAGGUCUCUUUUUUCCAUUUCAAAUGAAAGCAGCACUACUGAUUUUCUUCAUCAUCCAUAUCAUUAUCAGUAAUAUGUGGAUAUUUAUUCCAUUCCAUGUGAAUCUCAGUCUGAAUGUGUUUUAAGCUAAAUGUUCUUAAUGAAGCUAUGAUUUGCAGCCCUCACUUUGAGCUAGAUCGUGUAGUUUUACUUUUAACAUACUUUAGCCUACUAUGUAUUGCUUGUCAACACUGAAGAAUCUAAUGGCACCACAUUUGCCUUUUCUGUGCAAUAUAACAAAAGUAGGAUUUAGUUGCAUGCUGUUUCAGUGAUGUUGGUGAGUUAAUUUAUGAGUGUUGAAAACACCAUCUAUUUAUACAUUAAAGCAAAUCUGUCCAUUUAAUGCAUGACAGUUUUUCAGAUUUAGGUUUCUGGAAGCAAAAUAUUGUGUAGCUGUAGCUGCUACUCAUGUGUUUAUAUUAUAGGAUUUCCUUCAGUUUUGCAUAUGUUGCUUACAUAAAGCAACUGAUAUAAGGGUAAUUUUAAUGAUAGUGGUGCCCCUCUGUGGACUUGCAUAUGAAAUUAUGUAUUUUGUUCAAAUACAUUUCAUGACAACACAACACAGUGCCCAUGGGAACAAUAAUGUCACUUUACAGUCUUAAUAUCUUGAUUGUGCUAAACAAUGUUGCCUGUUUCUUUGCUUUUGAUACCAUAGUACCAAUUUUACAACACAUCUUGGCUUUAAAUGGUGCUCUGCUGACAACUUCAUAUGUAUUUUGUAAUGUAGCCUACUCAAGUGUUCUUUUGAAAUAAUACGUGCGUAAAUAAUAUGUGCGUUUUCGUAUUUAUGAAACUCAAUUUCAUUGGUGCCUGGGAAUUGUCUUACUGUUUUAAAUAAAAUGCCUUUUUGUUUAAUGUGGUGCAAUAUGAAAUGCAUAAAUUGAUGUGCAAAAGCUUUCCUUGUGUACGUUACUUUGAUAGAAAUCUUUUGCAUAUUUAGUUGGGUUUUAGCACAGCAGAAACUCCACAAAUGCUCGCCUUGUUUACUUUCACUUGAUUGCAGUGAAAUACCAUGCAUCUCAUUCAUUGUCAAUCAUUCACUCCCAUCAUUCGAACAUUCCUUAAAAGGGCGGUUAUGCAUAUUUAAAGAUGUAUUGAUGGAAUGUCUUAUUGUUUAUGUGGAUCUUGUAUAGGGAGCCAAAUGCCUGGAGCAGAAUCUGUAGUGAUUGUCUCCAUGUAACACAGAUCUCAGUGGUUCUGCAGUAUGUCCCUGCAGUGCACAUGCGGCAAAUGUACUUGUACUUGUCACUCAACGUUUGUUCAUAACAACAAAAGGCACCUCGCUGUAGAUAUGUCACAGAGCCAGAUUCCAUGGAAAUCAAACCUGUCAGACUUGCAUUAUGGCAGGCUUUGACACAGCUUGGCAUUUUGGGGAAAUGUACAAGAUCCUUAUUGUUGAAACUUUCUUCGUGUUGUGAUUGUAUCAUCUGAAGGUUGAAAACUGCCUUGCCGAAAUUGUAACAAUUGCAUGUUUCUUCCUGAAGGAUUCCUCAUAAAGAUUCACAAAGGACACUCAUUUCCAAACUCAA